CCUUCGCCGCCGCGGCGGCUGCGCGAAGCGGGGCGGCCUGGCCGAGCCUGCUCCGCGCCCCGGGGCCGCCGCUGUCCGUGUCGCCAUGCUGCCCAACACCGGGAAACUAGCAGGAUGCACUCUCUUCAUCACAGGAGCGAGCCGUGGCAUUGGCAAGGCCAUUGCUUUGAAAGCUGCCAAGGAUGGUGCAAACAUUGUGAUAGCUGCCAAAACAGCUGAGACCCAUCCUACUCUUCCAGGGACUAUCUACACUGCUGCAGCAGAGAUUGAAGCGGCUGGAGGAAAGGCUUUGCCAUGCAUCGUUAAUGUGAGGGAAGAACAGCAAAUUAUUAAUGCUGUGGAGAAUGCUGUGAAGACUUUUGGAGGAAUUGAUAUUUUGGUGAACAACGCGAGUGCCAUCUCUUUGACUGGCACUUUGGAAACAGAAACAAAGAAGGUCAACCUUAUGAUGGAAGUCAACGUACGAGGAACCUACCUUACGUCUAAAACAUGCCUUCCCUACUUGAGGAAGAGUAGGAACCCACAUAUCCUGAACCUCAGCCCACCUAUGAAUCUGAAUCCCAUGUGGUUCAAAAAUCAUUGUGCUUAUACCAUUUCUAAAUAUGGGAUGUCCAUGUGUGUCUUGGGAAUGGCAGAAGAAUUUAGAGGAGAAGUUGCUGUCAAUGCUUUAUGGCCUAAAACAGCCAUACAUACAGCUGCUAUGGAUAUGCUGGGUGGAGCUGGAAUAGAAAAACAGUGCAGGAAAACAGACAUCAUUGCAGAUGCUGCAUACUGCAUUUUAACAAAACCAAAAAGCUUCACUGGAAACUUCCUUAUCGAUGAAGAUUUGCUGAGAGAAGAAGGAGUUAAGAAUUUUGAUGCCUAUGCAAUUAUGCCAGGUCACCCCCUGAUGCCUGACUUUUUCUUGGAUGUUGAAGGUGCUUCCCAGGCACCCAAAGAGGAGAAGAAACUAAGUGGAUCGCAGCAGGCAGGAUCGUCUGGAGCUAAGGCAUCGAGUCCUGUUGCAGAAACAUUCAGAGUUAUUCAGGGGGCAAUGAGCGAAGAGUAUGUGAGAACCACGCAGGGGGUGUACCAGUUUGAAUUAUCUGGUGAUGAUGGAGGCACUUGGUAUAUUGACCUGAAAACCAAGAGUGGGAGUGCUGGUUUUGGCAAGCCUCCUGUGACAGCUGAUGUGGUUAUGAGCAUGUCGAGUACCGACUUUGUGAAGAUGUUCACAGGUAAACUAAAGCCAACCAUGGCUUUCAUGUCAGGAAAAUUACGGAUUAAAGGUAACAUGGCUUUAGCAAUAAAGCUCGAGAAGAUGCUGACAAAGCUGAACUCUAAACUAUGAGGAUAAACCCUCACUAGCAGAACAGUGGCCCUUCAUAUAUGACUGCAGUCUGUUUUAAAAUGAUCAUCCUUGUUCUCCUUUGAUGCAAUAUAACAAGCAAAAAAUGUCAUAGUAAGAAGGAUAAACUGAGAUUUUUAGAGAAGAAAUAACUGUCUAAAUAAGACAAGGAGGUGUAUAAUUAAAUUCCUUAUUGACAAUAUA